AUGGCAUUCAAAUUUGUUCUUCUUUGCUCCUUGGCUGCCCUCGCCGCUGCCGCUCCCCAAUACUACGAGCAUCAUGACCACCAAGAAUACCAACCAGCUUACGUAAAGAAGGCUGUCGUUGCUCCCGUCUUGGUCAAAAAGUACGAACCAGUCGUCGAAAAGGAAGUCAAGUACGAAGAUGCCCCCGCCCACUAUGCCUUCGAAUAUGCCGUCCAUGACGAACAUACCGGCGACAUCAAGAGCCAACACGAAACCCGUGACGGCGACAAGGUCCAAGGAUACUACACACUCGUUCAACCCGACGGCAAGAGACGCAUUGUCCACUACACCGCCGACAAAGUCAACGGAUUCGUCGCCAAGGUCGAAGAAGAAGAAGUCAAGGGAUACAAAGCCCCCGAGCCAGUCAAGAAGUACGAAGUUGCCCAAGUCAAGAAAGUCGAAUAUGCCCCAGUCAAGUACUACCAAGCACCUGAAGUCAAAAAAGUUGAAUACACUCCCGUGAAAUACGUUCAACCAGCUACCGAAGUCAAAUACUACCAAGCUCCCCAAGAAGUCAAAUACUACUCGGCUCCAGCUCCAGUCGUCAAGAAGGUUGAAUUCGCUGCUCCCGUCGUCAAGAAGGUCGAAUAUGCACCAAUUGUCAAGAAAAUCGCCGUUGCCGCACCCGAAUACACCAAAUACUCGGUUGCUGCUCCAGUCGCUGUCCACAAGGAACACCACGAUGCCUUGACCCACGUCAAAUUCGAAGCCCCUAAAGUCAGCUAUCACUAUUAA